UGAUUUGUAUUGACCUUUUGUACCUUGUCCUUUUUCUUUUUUCCUAAUUUCAUGGUAUUCCCCGUUUUUUCCUCGAAGCUAUGGGUUAUUAGAUGUAAGGAUGAGAAAAGGGAAGAGAAGCUUUGACUUCCUCUUCUGGAUCUCAUCUAUAACAACAACAUUACUACCACUAUCGAUUGGUGUGUACGCGCCUUGUUUUGUCCCAUGCCCCUUUCCUUUUAUUACUUUGCUUUCAACACUGUUACCAUCUCCUUAUGAGAUGAUUAUCUGCGAAAUGGCGCGAAUUGAUUUCAAGAUUGGUCUGGUUAUCCGGUGGGGGGAGUGUCUCAAUUACUUUAAUGGUACACGCUUUUCGCGUAGAAAUCCUAUGUAUUGGUUUGUCUGCGGCUUCUACUGUGAGGGUUGUAUUUCUUGCAAUGAGAGUAAAGCUUAUACAGAAUCGAAUCACAUUGUCAAUGAGAACCCAAGAGCAGUUAAUCAGCCUCGUAACUGUAAACGCCUCCUUUCGACCAGUCUCCCUUCCACCGAUAAUGGUAUUACUUAGAAUAACAGACGGCAAUGAACAGCAGGAUCAAGGAAACUCGUAACUCAUUAUACAGUCACAUCAAGGAAUGAACAUCGCGGCCAUGGUCAUGAAACCAAAAUAUCUACAGAUAGAUAGAUGUUAGCGUUCUAAUUAGGCAUAGGGAACAUUAGGGUUAGGACAUACAAAGUAGCGAUCCUCCAUCCAUCCUGAGAAGCAACGAUGUGUUCAGCACCGGCUGAAGAAUUAGACGCAGUGGCAGAUGCAGCGCCGCCCACCAGUGCGACGACAAGGAGGCGCCCCGAGAACUCCGA